AUGUUGCAAAAUAUGAGCAAGCUUUCAACAGUGUUCAUGUACUACGUUGGAUCUGUUACACUGCUUCUCGCGUUUUCCAUCUUUCGCCUAUUGAAACUUUUUCCGUUUGCGCAGCCCAUUGUCUGUGAACUGUUUAACAAGAUGGCGACGAUUAAACUGCGUCGUGAAGACUUCGCGCACACGCUUUUCACUCGACCCAUGUUCGAGUCAAUGCGUUCUUCGAUCUUACUGGAGCUUCAGAAAAGGGCGCAAGUAGGAAACCUGGCCCCAGACUCUCUCGUGCUUUCCGUCGAUGGCAAGUCGAGCUAUCAACUGUUAGACUUUUGCAAGGGAAACCGUCCACUGGUGAUCAACUUUUGCAGCUGGACCUGUCCAAUUUUUCGAGCAAGAGUGGGAGAAUAUCUCAGCAUUGUGCGAGAGUUUAGUGACGUGGCUGAUUUUCUGACGGUGUACAUUGAGGAGGCUCAUCCAAGCGAUGCAUGGGCAUUUGAGGUAAGAAAACUGAAGGCAAAAAACAGUCCGGACUGUAAAGUGAUUUUAGGGUAAAUAUCAAACCAACCUGUGGAUCAAACCCUUUGAGUCUUUCACAGCUUUCAAGUGCAAGUUGUUCAACAGCUAUUCUAUAGAUUUUGUUGAUUUGAUUUAUUUGCUCUUAAAACAAAAGUGAUUUGGCAAUCUGAAAUUUUCAAAUAUGUAGCAACCCUGAAAACCGACAAAUGAGCAAAUGAACGUUAUCCAAACAUCACCUUUCUUUAACAGGGGUGUUACUUGCAUAUAUAAUGAAUCCGAGUGUUAACCGAAAGUUGUUUGAAAUUCACAGCUACGAAUUUACUACACAACUGAGAUUUAUUUCACCGUAAGUUGAUGAUAUGUUUUCAAAAAUCAAACAUCUGCUUUCUUUUUGUACAAGAAAAAUGCACGCAAUGCUGGUAAAAAAUUCAGUUCAAGUCAGUUUACACGUAGAACCUCGAGAAGUAGAUCUCGACUUUUAGUUUUCCCACAGCGACAAAGAACUCAGUUGAAAGCACUUCAUGGACUUUUGUUUUUAUUUUUUACUAUCAUCUCUUACGAGAUAAAUACUCGUUUCAAAUUGCAAUUGUAAAAGUUUUUUCUGAAAGGAAAGGGCGGUGUUGAUACAUCAAGUUGUACCUAGAAACUAGAAUGAGUUACAUGGCUAUGUACUUAGUUUGCUCACUUCUCCUUGCAGAACAACGUCAGCAUUAAAACACACCGAACUUUGGAGGAAAGAUGUAAGGCGGCACAGAUGAUGAUUGACUCCACUGUAUUUCAAUGCCCUGUUGUGGUGGACAACAUGCAAGACACGGCAAACAAGGCGUAUGCUGGCAUACCUAUCAGAUUGUAUAUCUUAAAAGGGCGGAAAGUGGAAUACGCUGGCGGCAUCGGACCUACGUUUUACCGUCUGGACGAAGUGACAGAAUGGUUGCAGCGGAACAAAAUGGCUUUGCUUCGAAAUAACAGGCAUAGAGCUUAAUUCCAUAACGCUAUGUCACUUCCGUGGGAAAAAAAAAAACAGACAACUAGUGAUUGUCUUGUACAAUCACUAGGCGGUGUUUUCUGUUUAGUUGUAGAGGGUAGAGGACAACUUUACGCAAAAAGUGAACACUUUUAAGACUGUAAAUAAUUCUUAUUUGUUAGGUUUCAUAUUUUACAAGUCAGACCAUAAGUAGUAUUUAUAUUGCUUGUGGCGGUCGUAUACUCGCGGCUUGAAGUGGGUACAGAAGAACUUUGAGUGACCACUCGAACGAUACUUAUACUAAGUAGCCUAGUUUUUAGAAGAAAUAUCUUCUCUAAUCAGUCUUAUUUCUUUUCUAUAAACUUUCCAAUCUUCUUUUCUCAAUACCAUAGAAAAGUAAUGGUUAGACAAGUAAGACUAAUAAGGAAUUUUCGUAUAAAUUCCCAACAAAAAGCGACCGAAUCACAGGCAUUCCAAUCGCGUAUAUGCAACUGCCAAAAAUGGAGGUGCAGAUUUUGAAGUCGAUUAAGUAGAACAAAACAAGCAUCAAUGAAAAUACCCUAUAGAUCCGUAUUAAGGUAAAAUCAAGAACAUAUUUUAAUCGUUUUUGCAUAUAAUUUGAAAAUUUCAGGGAAAUAUACCUCACAUUGAGGUUUCUGUUAUGUUGUUUGAAAGAUCAAACGUGGGAGUCAUCAUGAUCAAGUUGCCGGUAUCAACUGUUUCAAUGUAAGGACAUCACGUCCAUAACCUCAAGGGCAUUCAAUUAAUUUGUUGCAAACAAUGGCCAAAUAAAAAUGAAACAAUUGUUAGGUGUUUGUUCUAGCACACGAUAUUAGCCAUUCGGAUAAUCUAAUAAUAUUUCUCAAUUUGGAUUUCACGAAAGUUCCAAUGAAUGCGCCUUUUUGUAUUAUAUUGUAAAACUUUACUUUCGUCAUUUUACAUUUAUUUGUGUAACUUAGUUACAAAGUAGGUUCUAAUGUAUAGAAAUCAGGAUUGUAAAAUAGGUUCAUAAUAGAAGUAGAUUAGCUACGUUUAGAAAUCUAACUUGAAAUAAAUUUGGAUAAACGCUCAGUCAAGAAAUUGGUCUUUUUUUUCUUAAGGUGGUCGAUAAACGACUAUUCGGUUUGAUUUCUGAGGCAGAUGGCACCAUACACAUUCUCAUCAUUUCUAAAUAAACCGGGUUAAUUAUUGGCCCCUGGGCUAAUGUAAAUGAUACCGUUAUAGACACUGACAUCAACCAUUUUACACGAAAAGAAUGGCUUCGGGACAAUAUUAAUAGGAAAAGUGGCUCAGAAAAGUUCUGUCGUGACUGUUGAAAAAUCUUAAUGGACAUUUAUUUUAAGUGUUCUGUUUUAAAACUUAUAAACAUCGAGCCAGUUAUGACGUGAAUUCACUCACAUACGUCACUCAAUAGUCUAGUAAGAGCAAAGGAAUUCAUCCUCUAGAAAAUUGGUAACUUUCAAAAACUCGGGUUUUUUUCACGCAAAGCUCUGUUUGCUGUUUGUUUGAGGUUUUCCCCUAUAAUGUCUGAGAUAACGCGUGACUCGGACUAGGGCUGUGUGUAGGGCUAAGUAAACAAAAGAGAUGGGCUAAAGAAAGAUUAGCAAUCUCAACUCAUCUAAGCAUGUCCUGGCCUUGUACUUAAGUAGUCAAAGUGAACUAAGAUACUUGAGCUUAAGAGAGUUUAUGUACACCCCCGGCACGUGAGACUUGACCGUGAUAAUGGCUCUCCAAUUCUGAGAAGAGUCAAUCAAGAAACACUUUCAACGUGACUAUGUUAGACUGACAACUAAGGAGCAGUAUCAAAACCUUUUUUCAGUAAAAAAAAGAAACAUAAACAAUUAAAUUAGAUCAAAAUUCUUCAAAUUUUACAAGUUGAAUGAAGAGGAGAAAGAAUGCGAAGUCCUUUUUGUGCCCUGUCUGUCGAUUUGGCUCAUAAUGAAUCAUUUCUACGUACUUUAAAUGACAAUCGCGUGAUGUUCUAUGUUUUUCGUUGCGUCUAUGCUAGGUAUUGAAAUUCCCACCACUUAUCCAGGAACGGAAAUUUUCCUGAGUGCAAAGUUGAUAGUGUUCACAUUUUUACGCUACCUCGGCUGUAAGAACUGACAAAGGGUUAAGCCUCCUCGAUAAAGUGUUUGUUUGUCUUGAUCACAAAAAUAUCAAUUUGUAAAUGCGUCAAUAACAACUGAACCAAAAAAAAAAAAAAGAAAAAAGGAACGUUGCUCUCAGUUUGAAUUUGUCAGGAACUUUAAAAAGACUGAAGCAAAACAGGUUAUUUUGUUUUCAUCAUCUUUUGCUGUGUCAUGUCAACCUCGCGUGAUGAACUGUGCUGGAAGCACGACAAACGGUAGAAGUCACGCGAACUUUCAAUGUCUAAACUCCUCGGGCAAACCUUGUUUUGAAUUUGCAAUCACUAGAGCAAAAGGUUAUUGUUACACAGCAUAUUUUUUGCACUCUCUGCAUUGCUAGAAAGUUUCUGUUUUUUAAAAUAUUCUAUCAAUUUCAUACAUUCAUUGAAAAAGAUGACAGAGAAACUGCAUUAGCAAAAAAAGCGACCAUCGAAUACCUCUUACUUUAAAGGUCGCACUUAAAAAAUUUUAUCCACAAGGUCAACUACCGAAACAUGAUAAAUUCUGAGAGAAAAGCCAGUGGGUGGAAAUGGUUUUUAAACAUUGAGUUGUAAAUGGACAGGAUUUUCUUCACUUAUUUAACUCUAAAUUUUUAUCCUAGCAAUGAAUACUCGAAGGUCGAUAGGCCAUAACAUAUACUUUGCGUUUCCCUGUGAUUAGGGUCACCCCAACCGGACCGGCACUAAGUUACCACUCAUAUUUUGAACAACAACACUUCAGACGAUCUUAGAAUAACAUCUGUGAGCGCACGCUAUGGAUGUCUUCACGUUUUACCACGUAUUGCUAUAAUCAGUUGCACGCAAGUCGUCUAGUGCUCGGCUUUUCGGUACUUAACGUUAAUCGCAAGGGCAAUCACUGACUAUUGUGAGGAAUUUAAAAAACCAAAUGGUUCUAUUUAGUAAUUAGUGAUAAUUUAGUAAUGUCGUAUUGGUCUAAUUCAAAACGUGCGUACAGUCACAUUUAUUGAGCAGUGAGCUUUCUUUCAAAUGCGUCCUUUUUGCGAAGGAGAGUUUUCCGGCUGACUUUUCAAGUAGUUUCUGUGCUGUAGCAUUUUCUGCCUUUAAAGAGAAGGACAAGCACAUUAAAUUUCUUUGUUUUGAAGACCAAACUAAUAGUAUUGAAGCUUACAUAUAAAUUGGUCAUAUGCACCUUGCAUCUAACCGCGCGCGUUUUUCUCUUCACCUUGCCGAUUUUAAGGGGAGGGGGAGGGGGGGGGGGAAGGAGGUGUUGGGUUCAAAGUAGGCAGAAUAUCAGCUCACCGACGAUUUAAGAAUAUGUAGGAAUAUUGGAAUUAAUGCAAAAUGUAUAACUUUUACACACUUAACCGAAGGAAUUAAAUUCUUUUUCGAUUAAGUUUCUCAAGUUUUCCGGCUUUAGCAGACUUAUAAGCGGGCCACAUACGGUGCAGGGAAAAGUAAAAAUACAUUUUGAAGGUGAACUUAAUUAACUUAGAAUAUGUCCUCUUUUAAUUAAAUGUUUAUUUGUACCUUUAACCUAAUCCUAAAAGACAGUUGUAAGACUAUUUACACAACUUAGAAGAGCAAAAGUAAGUAUGACUUAAUAUUUGUACUGAAGAAUUGUAGAGAUGAAAAUGAUGUUUUGAAAAGUCUUGCAAAAACCAAACCGCUAAAUGCAUUAUUUCCACUGCCAGAUUAAGGUGUUCAAAGAGGUGGUCGCUCUUCAAAACUAGUGACAGGAACUCAAAUGGACAUAGAGAGUGAGAAAAUAGGAUAGCAGUGCUUGACUUCAAGGAAAGAGGCUUAAAAACGUUAGACAGCUAUUCCGUGAUGCGUCAAGUUUCCAGAAAAAACGGAGGUCACUUUCGGAAACAAAAAACACAGAAGGAAAUAAGACCAUCGAUAAGUCAUAUGCUCUCACGCACGCAGAGAAAACACAAAAGUGAAUUGUUCACAAAUUUCACCCAACCUUGCUUUGUGACUUUAAGGGCAGCAUGUAAAUAAAAAAAGCCUAAUAACAAGAAAAAAUGGAUUCGUGCGCACCCUCGGACCCAUAUUUUCUCAACACCUGUAUUCGGGAAACAGUUUUGACAAAUCACGCGAGAGUUCAUGUGAAAGGUCAGGCAUUUGGAAAGUGUUUUGAAGAGAGUACAGGAAUUAUUGAAAUUCCUUUUUUGCGCAGCGAUAUAAAUCCGCACAGAGCCGAGUCUAGCACAGAUGGCGAAGUAGUGCAUCGGUAGCAGCCAUAGAUACGAUUGCAGAGAACAAGAUGCGAAUUCACGCCGCGAUGUUGCGACAGAUGACAGCCAUGCUGUCUUAUUGCGCGGGAACGGUAUUGCUGCUUUUCGCGUUUUUGUGCCUCCGUGUUCUACGCCUUCUUCCUUGGGGCAAAUCGACCUGGGCCAAACUUUGGAAAAUAGCAACGACAAUCGACCUACCUAUGGCAGACUACUGGAAUUCACUGUUCACAUGGCACAUGUUUCAAUCUGUGCGUGCUGCAAUUUUGUGCGAACUGCAAAAAUCUGCGCGGUUGGGACAGCGCGCUCCGAAUCCCUCUGUAGUUACGUUAGACGGGACUUCACAUCCUCAUUUGCUGAACUUUUGCAGGGGAAACCGCCCACUAGUGCUAAAUUUUGGCAGUUGGUCAUGUCCUGUUUUUAGAGCGAGAACACAAGAGUUUCUCAGUAUUGUGCGCCAAUUCCGUGAUGUGGUUGACUUCCUCACUGUGUACAUAGAGGAGGCGCAUCCUUCUAAUGGAUGGGCGUUUGAGGUAAGCACAAAAAUCCCUCUUUAACUUUUUCCUUUCUCCAAGCGAAAGUAAAAGCUUUAACCGCGCAAAAGUGUUUGUAUAACUGACAAGUUUCAGUAAGACAAUUUAUAUCGCGAGAGAGGCGCUCGAAAAUUUUCUGCUCAUGCCUAUGUACCUAUCAAUACCUUCCUCAUAUGCAAGGAUAGAAAUUAACGCAAUCGUUUAUCUUUCUUUCUAGAACAAUGUUGUAAUUCCCGCUCAUGAAACAUUGGGACAAAGAUGUCAGGCAGCGCGACUCAUGUUGAGUUCAGUAAAAUUUGACUGUCCCGUUGUAGUGGACACAAUGGACGAUGAGGCAAGUAGGGCUUAUGGAGGCCUGCCGAUCCGAUUGUAUAUUAUAAAAAAUAAUAAAAUAGAACUCGCUGGUGGGAUGGGGCCAACGUUUUACGCCCCAAAAGAGGUGGAACAGUGGCUAAAGGAUUAUAGGGCAGAAAUUAUUAGAAGUGGCCGCCACAGGGCAUGAAGCUGAAGACAACUGGCGAAGUACCCUCUUGUGUGCUAACAAGAGCCUUAUCAGUUAACGACUUGGCUGCUGGCCCAUACAGAACGUCAAAGAAAGUUGUUGAAGGAGCACCAUAUUACAUUGUAAAACAUGCAGCUUAUAUUAAGCAAAGACCUCCUUCACUGAAGACAUGCAUCCGAUGUAUGUUAGCAAUGACUAUAACCAACGAUUUACUCCGGUUCAUACCUUCCGGCAAAGUAACAUAGAAACUCGAUUAGUAUGAAGUUACCAGAGCCGGAAAUUUUACACAACCAGAGAACAUAGUAAGCUAGCAAGAAAAUUUUUGUUCAUACAAAGCACCAGAGUAUUUCAAAAAUAUUUCUUUUGGCAUUUAAGGUUGGGUAAUAAUGUUUUUAAUUUCUAGCCAGAUUUUGCACUUUGAAAAACAAAGUGGUUAUUUUCCGUGUCUCUGUGUUUAGGCAAGGCGUUCGUAGCCCGGUUUGUUUGCUUAGCAGAUGAUCAAGCAAAGCGAGAGUUGUGGUCAGAUAUCUGUAGAAAUAACGUCUUAGCUAGUCGCGUCAACUUUAAUUCGCAGCUCAGAGAUGUAAAUACUAGUUGAUUAAAAAAUGUCUUUACACAUUUUUGUCUUCUUUUGGGAUCAAUGGUUAGCUGUUUGUAAUUAAGGAUUGAACUUAAGUAAAUAAGCGCGUGUCAGCCCUUUAUAGUUUGCUCACAUGUUAAAUCAUAUUUUUUGUAGAGUUCACACUUUUUAUGGCCAAAAAUUCAGAGAAAAUAUUCAAGGAUUCAGUUUCAGCAUGGCGCGAAAGUUAUUCUAAUGUUUUCUUAUGGGAAUCAGGAUUUCUGUUUGGAGAGUUUAUAAAAACGCCUUUAUUCGCACUGUUAGUUCUGGUAGAUCAAGUGAGUUUGCGUGCAUUGGCUAAAGGUACAUGUUGACUUUCCCGCCCCCUGUAGGCUAAGUCAACGGGAAGUCGGACGACCGAAGUGUCUCAAAGCGUAUUGACUUGUUGUACCGCUUAUUAAAUCCCCGG